UGAACGCACCGCGAAAUUUAUAUCACUUCAGCCUCAGUUGCUCCUUCUUCCUCUCCAACCACCACGGGAUAGCCGCCGUUCACAGUAAGGUGAUACUCUCGAGCUCCGGCGACGCGACGGCCAUGGACAAGCUCGGCGCCAACCCGGCUAACUCGUGCGCGCUCACGCCCCUGGGCUUCCUGGAGCGCGCGGCCACCGUGUUCGGCGACUGCCCGUCCGUCGUCUACCACGACACCGUCUUCACGUGGUCACAGACCCACCGCCGCUGCCUCCGCCUCGCCUCCGCGCUCGUCUCGCUCGGCAUCUCCCGCCGCGACAUCGUGUCCGUGCUCCUGCCGAACGUGCCGGCGAUGUACGAGGCGCAAUUCGCCGUGCCGAUGAGCGGCGCCGUGCUCAACAGCAUCAACACGCGGCUCGACGCGCGCACGGUCUCCGUCCUGCUCCGCCACUCCGGCUCCAAGCUCAUCUUCGUCGACCCGGCGUUGCUCCCCGUACUCCGUGAGGCGCUCCGCCUCCUCCCGGCGGGGCACCCGGCCCCGCGCGUCGUCCUCGUGGAGGACCCCCAUGAGAAGGAGUUCCCUCCCGCCCCCGCCGACGCGUUGACCUACGAGCGGCUCCUCGAGAAGGGCGACCCGGAGUUCUCGUGGGUGCGGCCGGCGAGCGAGUGGGACCCGAUGAUACUCAACUACACCUCCGGCACGACGUCGGCGCCCAAGGGGGUGGUGCACUGCCACCGGGGGAUCUUCCUAAUCACCGUCGACUCGCUGGUGGACUGGGCGGUGCCGCCGCGGCCGACGUACCUGUGGACGCUGCCCAUGUUCCACGCCAAUGGCUGGAGUUUCCCAUGGGGGAUGGCCGUGGUGGGCGGCACCAACGUCUGCCUCCGCCGCGUCGACGCCGCCGAAGUGUACGACACAAUCGCGCGCCGCCGUGUCACUCACCUCUGCGGCGCGCCCGUCGUGCUCAACAUGCUGGCGAACGCGGCCGAGGGCGUGCGGAAACCGCUCCCGGGGAAGGUGCGCAUCCUCACAGCCGGCGCGCCGCCGCCGGCCGCCGUGCUGUCCCGCACGGAGGCCAUCGGGUUCGAGGUCAGCCACGGGUACGGGCUGACGGAGACGGCGGGGCUGGUGCUGUCGUGCGCGUGGAAAGGGGAGUGGGACAGGCUGCCGGCCUCGGAGCGCGCGCGGCUGAAGGCGAGGCAGGGCGUGCGCACGCCGGGCAUGGCCGAGGUGGACAUCGUGGACGGCGAGACCGGCCGCAGCGUGCCCCGCGACGGGUCAACCAUGGGCGAGAUCGUGCUCCGCGGCGGCUGCGUCACGCUCGGCUACCUCAACGACGAGGCGGCGACCAAGGCGGCGAUCCGAGACAACGGGUGGUUCUACACCGGCGACGUCGGGGUGAUGCACCCGGACGGGUACCUGGAGAUCCGCGACCGGUCCAAGGACGUGAUCAUCAGCGGCGGGGAGAACAUCAGCAGCGUCGAGGUGGAGUCCGUCCUCUACGGGCACCCGGCCGUGAACGAGGCGGCGGUGGUGGCGCGGCCGGACGAGUUCUGGGGGGAGACGCCGUGCGCGUUCGUGAGCCUGAAGCAGCAGCAGCAGGGCGGCGGCGGCGCGGUGACCGCGGCGGAGGUGAUCGCGUGGAGCCGGGAGCGCAUGCCGCGGUACAUGGUCCCCAGGACGGUGGUGUUCCGCGACGAGCUGCCCAAGACAUCCACGGGAAAGAUCCAGAAGUACGUUCUCCGGAAUAUCGCCAAGGAGAUGGGCCCCAGCACCAACCGCAACAGCAAGAUGUAGGCUAGGCCGGGCGGCCGUGCAUCCAGAUCCAUCUGCUACAGUGCUGCCCUGCUACUAGCCCACUAGCCCCAUAGGCCCGCCCAUGCUGAGGUGAGCGUCGUCUUCUUCCCCUGUGCAGAUCAUGAUUCAUGCCUGUGUGUGUGCACCGUGCUUGCUAUUGCUCGCUCUGUUCAAAGACAGAGGCUGGUGUAUCAUGCAUGCCACAUUGUCUCCGUAGUGGGCAAUUCGGCAUGAAAUGUUUCUCUUGAGAUAUCAGCAUGAUUUUAUUGUAGUAUGGUAAUAAGUGCUUCUGUUUCUCCACGAGAAAGUCUCUCUUUUUUUCCUCUGGACGGAACAUUCCUUCGUUUUUACGUGUCAUUGAAACUUAUUAAGAAAUUUA